GGGAGGGGCAAGAGCCGGGAGGUCGGCGCUGAUUGGCCGAGGCGGCGGCAUCAUCAGUUGCCGGGCAGAUGGAGCUGGAGAGGGUGCUGGGCGCUGUCCGGAGGAGCUGCGCUGGGAGCACUGGUCUUCACUGGUGAGCACCCGCGGCCAUGGCGCCGCUCGCCGCCGUCUGCCUGCCCUGCCUCCUUCUCCUGGUUGACCUGGCAGUGCUGGCGGUGCUGGCCCCGUUGGCCCCGGCACUGGCCCCCUUGGGCCCGUUGGCCGCCUGGCUGGAGGCCGCGCUGCGGCUGCCGGCGUUCACCGCGGCCACGCGGCUCCUGGCGCCGGGGGGUCCCCGCGGAGCCGCCGUCGUCCUCGGCCUCACCCCCGCCACCUUCCUCACCCUCCGGAGCCUCUUCGCCCCGCACGCCGCCGCGCCGGUGCUGCUGGCCACGGCCUCGCCGCUCUGGUUGGCCACGACCCACGGCGUGGCCGCCGCGGUGCUGCUGCUCUGGGCCGCGCCAGCGCCCAGCGGGGACGUGCCCGGCAAGUCGCCGGUGGCCGUCAGGCGCCUCUUGACCUUGGCGUUGGACGAGUGGCCCGUCCUUGGCGGCGCCUUCUUCUUCCUGACGUUGGCCGUGUUGGGUGAGACCGCGGGGCCGUAUUGCACCGGCAAAGCCCUGGACGCCGUCCGGAACGGGGAUGGACCCACCGCUGUCACCGUUGGCCUGGUUCUUGCCGCCGACUUGGGCAGCUCGUUCUUUGCCGGUUGCCGCGGGGGUCUCUUUGUCUUUGCGCAAGCCCGGCUCAAACUGAGCACCCGCCACCAGCUCUUCUCCCGCCUGGUGCGCCAGGACCUGGCCUUCUUCCAGGGGACACCAGCAGCCGAGUUGUCUGCCCGGUUGGCCAACGACGUGCCUUUGCUGUGCCAAGCGGUGCCGACCAGCGCCAACGUGGCGUUGAGGAGCUUGGGGAUGGCGUUGGGGUUGGGGGGCUUCAUGGGGGGGAUCUCGCCCCACCUGGCGCUGCUGGCGCUGCUGGAGGUGCCCCUCAUCAUCACCGUGCGCAAGGUCUACGAUGCCCGGUACCAGGUGCUGCAGCGAGCCACGCUGGACGCCACGGCCAAGACGUCGGCGGUGGUGCAGGAGGCCGUCGCCUCCAUUGAGACGGUGCGGACCUUCGCUGGGGAGGAGGAGGAGGAGCGCCGCCACAGCCAGGCAGUGGCCGAGAUGCUGAGGCUGAAGAACCAGAUGAACGUGGAGCGGGCGCUCUUCGUCCUCAUCCAGCGGGUGCUGCACGUGGCCGUGCAGGUGUUGGUGCUUUGCCACGGGCACCAGCAGCUCCGCGAAGGGGCCAUCACCACCGGCAGCCUCGUCACCUUCCUCCUCUACCAGGCUAAAGUCAGCCGCUGCGUGCAGGCGCUGGUGUUCGGCCACGGGGAUUUGCUGAGCAAGGCGGCGGCCAGCCGGAAGGUCUUGGACUACCUGGACCGGGAGCCCACGGGGGACAGAGGCGGCACCCACGCGCCUGCCACGCUGCGGGGCCACGUCACCUUCCGACACGUCUCCUUCGCCUACCCCGCGCGCCCCGAGCACCUCGUGCUGCAGGGCGUCUCCUUCGAGCUGCACCCCGGCGAGGUGACGGUGUUGGCGGGACUCAACGGCAGUGGGAAAAGCACCUGCGCGGCGCUGCUGGAGCGGUUCUACGAGCCCGGGGCCGGGGAGGUGCUGCUGGACGAGGUCCCGCUGCGGGACUACGAGCACCGUUACCUGCACCGCAAGGUGGCAUUGGUGGGGCAGGAGCCCGUGCUUUUCUCCGGGACGAUCCGAGACAACAUUGCCUUCGGGCUUGAAGGUUGCGGGGAGGAGGAGGUGAGGGCGGCCGCUGACGCCGCCGGUGCCCUGCCCUUCAUCUCGGCACUGGAACAGGGUUUCGAUACCGAUGUGGGGGAGAAAGGGGGGCAGCUCUCGGCAGGGGAGAAGCAGCGCAUCGCCAUCGCCCGGGCCCUGGUGCGCCGACCCACCGUCCUCAUCCUCGAUGAAGCCACCAGCGCCUUGGACACGGAGGGCGAGGUGGCGCUGCAGCAGUGGGUGAGGAGCUGGGGGGCCCGGACGGUGCUACUCAUCACCCACUGCCCGCGGAUGCUGGAGGCGGCCGAUCGCGUGAUCAUUCUGGAACGUGGCGCCGUGGUCGCAAUGGGGACCCCCGCCGAGCUGCGGGGCCGCCGGGGGCCCUACAGCCGCCUGCUGCAGCGUUCCCCAGGCGUGGGGCAGCCAGAGACCCCGGGGGUGGGCUGCGGGGAGCGGCAGCCGGCGGGGCAGUAGGAGGGGGCUGCUCCCAUCCGGAUGAGGAAUUGUGUGAAAUAAAGCAGAAUUGUGUCAGCGA